AAUAUCGGAGCAGGAAAAACUACUUUAACGCAAUUAUUGUCAAAGCAUUAUAAAUGGAUACCACAAUUUGAAGAGGUGGACGAUAACCCAUAUUUAGACGAUUUUUAUUACAAUAUGAAAAAAUGGGCUUUUAAUCUUCAAAUAUAUUUUUUAGGCACUCGAUUUAAGCAAAUUAAAGAAAUAAGAGAAAGCGGUAAAAAUAUUAUUCAAGAUAGAACCAUAUAUGAAGAUGCAUAUAUUUUUGCAGCAAAUUUGCAUGAUAUGGGUUUAAUUGAAACUCGUGAUUAUCAAAAUUAUUUAAAUUUAUUUAAUUUAAUGAACGAAUACACUCAAGCACCCGAUUUAUUAAUAUAUUUAAAAGCCUCAGUUCCCACUUUAGUUAAUCAAAUUCAAAAAAGAGGUCGAGAAUAUGAAGCAGGUAUAAGUAUUGAUUAUUUAAGCAAACUAAAUGAAAAAUAUGAGAAUUGGAUUGAUAGUUAUUCGCAAGGACCAAGAUACACAAGUUAUCCUACUGUUCCGUUUUGGGAAUUUGAUAAAUUUACUAAGAACGAUUGGAUUCAAACAUUAAAAAAAUCUUUUAAUGAAUCAAAUAUAAAAGAAGGUAUAAGUAUAUAUAUCCAUUUACCUUAUUGUGAAAGUUUAUGCACUUUUUGUGCUUGUCAUAAAAGGAUUACAAAAAAUCAUUCCGUAGAAGAGAAGUAUAUUAAAUAUCUUAUAAAAGAAUGGGACUUAUACCUUUCACUUUUUAACGAAAAACCAGUUAUAAAAGAAUUACAUUUAGGAGGUGGGACUCCUACAUUUUUUUCUCCAAAUAAUUUAAAAACACUUUUAAAUCAUAUUUAUAACUCUUCAAUAAUUCAUCAAAAUAAAGAAUUUAGUAUUGAAGGGCAUCCAAAUAAUACGAGUUUUGAUCACCUUCGGACAUUAUUUGAUUUAGGUUUCAGUAGAAUAAGUUUUGGCGUUCAAGACUAUGACCCGCAAAUUCAAAGAGCUAUAAAUAGAAUACAGCCUUUUGAAAAUGUAAAAAAAGUUACAGAAUUAGCAAAAUCAAUUGGUUAUAAGUCUAUAAGUCAUGAUUUGGUUUUUGGACUUCCAUUUCAAACAUUAGAAAAAACAUUAGAAACAAUUAGAUUAACAAAAUCAUUAAAACCAGAUAGAAUGGUAACGUCGUCCGAGAAUAUGCAUCGAGAA